CGCUGUCAGCGCGGUUAUAAGGGAGGGAAAAGUUCCCUGCGCCGAGAGCGGGGUAGGCGCACGCUCGUACGGCGGCCGCAGCGGCAGGGCGGGGCCGGCAGGGCGGACAGCGGCGCAGAAAGGCCCCCCAUCGCGACCUCGCCUCCCUCGGUGUCUCGCUUGGACCGCGGGUACAGCCCGGGGUCCCGAGGACUUUUGCGCAGCGGCCAUGGGCGGCGUCGGGGAGCCCGGCGGGGGGCCGGGGCCGCGGGAGGGGCCCGCACCGCUGGGGGCGCCGCUACCUAUCUUCCGCUGGGAGCAGAUCCGCCAGCACGACCUGCCGGGCGACAAGUGGCUGGUUAUAGAGCGCCGGGUCUACGACAUCAGCCGCUGGGCACAGCGGCACCCCGGGGGCAGCCGCCUCAUCGGCCACCACGGCGCGGAGGAUGCCACGGAUGCUUUCCAUGCCUUCCACCAGGAUCUCCAGUAUGUGCGCAAGUUCCUAAAGCCCCUGCUGAUUGGAGAGCUGGCCCCGGAGGAGCCCAGUCAGGACGGAGCUCAGAAUGCCCAGCUCAUCAAGGACUACCGAGCCCUGCGCCAGGCAGCUGAAGACAUGAAGCUGUUUGAAGCCGACCCCAUCUUCUUUGCACUCCUGCUGGGCCACAUCCUGGCCAUGGAAGUAUUGGCUUGGCUCAUCGUCUACCUCCUGGGCCCUGGCUGGGUGUCCAGCACCCUGGCUGCCCUCAUCCUGGCCAUCUCCCAGGCCCAGUGCUGGUGUCUGCAGCAUGACCUAGGUCAUGCCUCCAUCUUCACAAAGUCCCAGUGGAACCAUGUGGCCCAGCAGUUUGUGAUGGGGCAGUUGAAGGGCUUCUCUGCCCACUGGUGGAACUUCCGCCAUUUCCAGCACCACGCCAAGCCAAACAUCUUCCACAAGGACCCAGAUGUGACAGUGGCACCUGUCUUCCUCCUGGGGGAGUCAUCUGUGGAGUACGGCAAGAAGAAACGCAGAUAUCUGCCCUACAACCACCAGCACCUGUACUUCUUCCUGAUUGGCCCACCGCUGCUUACCUUGGUGAACUUUGAAGUGGAGAAUCUGGCAUACAUGCUGGUGUGCAUGCAGUGGACGGACUUGCUCUGGGCUGCCAGCUUCUACUCCCGCUUCUUCUUGUCCUACGUUCCCUUCUAUGGUGCCACUGGGGCGCUGUUCCUCUUUGUUGCUGUCAGGGUCUUGGAGAGCCACUGGUUCGUGUGGAUCACACAGAUGAACCACAUCCCCAAGGAGAUUGGCCAUGAGAAACACCGGGACUGGGCCAGCUCUCAGCUGGCAGCCACCUGCAACGUGGAGCCUUCGCUCUUCAUUGACUGGUUCAGUGGGCACCUCAACUUCCAGAUUGAGCACCACCUCUUUCCCACGAUGCCGAGGCACAAUUACCGCAAGGUGGCCCCUCUGGUCAAGGCGUUCUGUGCCAAGCACGGUCUACACUACGAGGUGAAGCCCUUCCUCACAGCCCUGGUGGAUAUCAUCGGGUCCUUGAAGAAGUCUGGUGACAUCUGGCUGGAUGCAUACCUCCACCAAUGAAGACAGCGCCUUGGAGGGUGAUGAAGGGGGUGAGGAUCCAGACUCCAGCAAACACCAAGUCAUCCAGCAGGAUCAACAGACCCCCUCAUCCCCUGCGGGGGCACCCUGCCUGCCUGCCUGGUCCUGCAUUGUCUGUUCAGGAGCCCUAUGGCUGUGGCUUGUGCCCAACAGGACCAGGGGUGAAGGGAACAUACUUAAAGCUACACGGUGAGCAUAGCAUGUUUUCCCAGAACAAGAAUUGGAGGAAAACUGUUAUUUUUUAUAUAAAACCAACUCAGACACAUAGAGCCAAGUGUUGCAUUUACAUAGAUCUGCUUUGGCCAUCAGUGGGAUGAGCAUUCCCCUCCUCCCGGCGAGCUCUGGUCAAUGAAGGUGACAGCUGCUCUAGCUUGAAUCCACCUGAGGGCUUGGUCCCUCCCUUCCUGCUCAUACGCCCCUGGGAUGAGUCAUACAUUCAACAGCCCAGGGCUGAGGGUCACAUCUGUAGGAGCCUCUGGGCUAUGGGAUGGUAAAGCCUGUAUGUCUAUACUGGCCUCCUAUAGCCCAGUAGUGGCCAUCUACAGAGUCGGACACAUUGGACACAGCAUGGACAGUGGCAGUGAAGCCAGCAGCUAUCCAUCAGGUCCACCUGGGGCCAGGUGCUUGUCUCCAGUUGUCACCCUGAAUAGGCAGGGGCCGAGGUAUGGCCAUUUUGUCCCCAGGUUUUUGGACUCUGAAGACUGGUCCUUGGGCAGGCCUGGCCCCUUACUUAGCCUCAGGCUCCUUGUUUGGUCAGUGGGUGCAGUAGACAGUGCCUAUGAACUUUUGGACAGUUCUAGCAGAGGUUUUCUUUGUUUUAUAUUGGUUUGCAUUUUCACAGUGCUAGAGAUAGAACCUACCCCCAUUGCUAAGCACAUACUCUGUCAUUGGGCUAAACAACCCUAAUUGGGGAAGGCCUUUUUAAUUUCAGCACUACAGAUCAAACUCAGGCCCUACCCAUACUAGGUAAGUACUUUACCACUGACCUACACCCCAGGGUUGGUGAGGAAAAAGGAGAGGUAAGCUGUGGACCCCUCCACUCCUAGCACAGACCCUCUAUGCCCCAGGAUGAGCUGGAGACCUCAUUUGAAGAGGUACUGGAGGCUUUAAGCAACAACACCACCAACUAAAAUGCUGAGCUAGGAUCUCUCUGAGGGAACUGAGGUCACCCCACCAGCUGUGGGCUUUUUUCUCACUCUUUGCCAAGGCUCCUAUUGGUCUAGAGUGUCUCAUUGAGACAUGGGAAGGGGACAGAUAUUGCAGUUCUGGUUAUACCCUGCUCUGCUCCAUGGGGUUGAACUAAGGGGAGAGGCCUUCACUGCAUCUUCAACUGUUCAAGACCCAAUGCCUCCUAAUGUUGAUGGAGACCAUGAUAGUGCUUGAUUACUCUUUUCUUGGGGUUCACCUUCUGGGAUGCCCUUCUAAUCCACAGGGUUCCUCCCCUGGACAGCUCAGCACAUUCCCAGUGACUAGUCUGGCCUAAGAGGCCUUACUUAGCCUGCUUUGAGAAGGUGAUGGGCAGACUGGGUAUGGUACCCUUCCCUCACCCUGGAUUAAGAGAGUACAGGAUGGCCCUACUGCACUCACAUCACCUCCUGGGCCUAGGGCAGGCAAAGAACCUCCUGGGUAUAGCUGAGGAAGCAGAGGCUGGUGGGCCUUCAGCUGCUGGACACUCAACCCUGAACCACUCCACUCCAUGUUGCGUCUACCCUUUACUCUGGGGUCAGGUGAACCUGGGGGAGGGGGCGCUAAGUCCUGCCUCUGCCAGGACUCAAGGCUACUUGACCUCAGGGAAACAAAGUCAAAGUACCAUGUGAUGGGGAAUAAAAGGGAUGUCACAGGAAGACACUUAGCAAAGGGCCCAGCAACUUGGCUCAGAAGUGUAUUCACAAAGGCCAGCCACAGUGGCACAUGCCUUUAAUCCCAGAGGCAGGCAGUGCUCUGUGAGUGUGAAGCCAGCCUGGUCUACGUAAUGAGUUCUAAGACGGCCAGGGCUACCUUGUCUCAGGAAGAAAAACAAAAAAACAUAUUUACAAAUCUUAUAUACAUGAUCCCUUGCCCUGGGCUUACACUCUGUGCCCCAAGAUAAGCCCUUAGCCUUCUCUUUUCCUCCUUCAGGUAAGACUGGAUGUCUUUUGAAAGGUACAUCUGUAAUCCCAGCUAUAGGAGGAUCACAAAUUCAAAGACAGCUAAGGCAUCUUAAUGAGAUCCUGUCUCAAAACUAUAUUUUUAAGGGGCUGGGGAUGUAGCUCAGUUGCAGAGUGUUUGUUUAAUAUGUACAGAUUGUGGGUUCCAGCCCUAGCACUAAAAAGAAAAAAAAAAAAGAGAGAAAAACUGCUUCAAAAGCAAAUUUCUUAUGCAGAGUAUGUUUCACAUUCAAUGUCUCUGUACAGGUUGUUCCCACUGCAAGGGGUCUCCCUCCUGUUCAAAUUUUAAUCUUGGUUUGGUGCCAUAUGGAUAUAGCCAAGCCAGGGAGGGUUGUGAAGGGUAUUCCCUCCACCCACUGCCUGGCAGUGCCAUCUCCACUCUUGACAGAUGGUCAGCAGAGUUCUGUUGGUGUCUGACACACUUGGGACAUGUUCAUUCAGCACUCUGGGAGACUAUGUGCUCUGCCCAGUGGGAUCACUGGGCCUAUAGCACCACCCAUGGGCGUCUACACCACUGUACUCCAUGCUGGCCCUAGUGGUAGCCCAGGAAAGUGCACUCUUUGCAAAUUCUUAGUUCCCCAGUAACUUGGUAAAAGUCCCCUGGGUAGACCCCUACCCUCAGGUCUCUUCUCCCUUCUGCCUAGAACCAAUUACUGGCAGGUCAUCUUUGUCCCUUGUAACCCUUUGUCAUCUAUACUAGAGCAUCUCACAGUGGGUCACCUACACUCCCCUGAGCCCCACUUCCCUGCCUAUAGAUUUCUUAUUUUGUCAUAGCAAAGACAGAGAGAUCACAGACUUGCUUGUAAAAGGGACAGGAAAAGGCCUUGGUGGUGCCUCUAAGAGACCUCAUUGUCCCUGUUUUUAUUGUCUGUACAACAGCCCUGGGUCCAGAAAUAAAGCCUGAGGGAAGCCA